UGGUGGUGGUGGUCGGACGUGUGGAGUGCUAGCGUCACACCGCCGUUCGGGCUGCCCAUCGAGACCUUAACACUUUAGACCAUUCCAGUUGAUAUGGCGCAAACUGCCGUGCAUGGAAUAUUUGCCGGAAAAGAAAAGCAGAGUCAGCCAUGUAAUUUUACCAGGUUUUUAUAGGAGUUGGAACGAUGUGGUGGAUAAAAUAGUGGAUUAUAUUUGGAUAUUCAUCCAAAAAAGGGGGAGAGAAGCUUUUAUAUGGUGACCUGCUGACCUGCUAGAGUAAACUGAUCUAAUACUGUGAAGUUAUGCCAGUGCUCCACGUUGGCGUUCGUCAGACUGUGAGCAAACGGCGGGGAAUGACAAUCAGAAUAUUUGCUUUCCCGCCUUGAGGACGCUGACGGCGUGGAACAGGAUCGAGCAGCGGUAUCUGAGAGAUACUUCACGAGAACCAAAGGACAACAACGCAAACAUGUGGCAAAAUUAUUAGAGUGGAAAUAAUUCACCUGAGAAAUUCGGGACUGAGGACAGAAUUGCAAGUGUGUAUAAGAGGCGACAGAGGAAGGCUGAGUGUGGCAGAUCGGGGAGAAACAAAAAAAGGAAAGACUUACCAGCAUACUAACCCUGUCGCGCUACCUGCAACACACACUGAAAGCUGAGGACAUAUUACCAAAUCAGUGAAAGAAAAUAACACAGCCAAAAUCGAAGGCAGACUGAAAGUGGAGUAACAGUGGACCAACAGUGAACUAACAGUAUCCCAGGUGAAACAAAACACCACAAGAACCGGAGGGCGAGAAGUCGCUAACACACUACCAUCGCUAAAGUCUGAGGCGUCUAAGAGCAGCGGACUCCAAGCAGCAUCAGGGCGGACACGGGUGGCAGUGGGCGGGAUGUGGCGGCUGGCGUGUGGGCUGGAGGAAAGGCGGUGGUGGAGGUGGCUGUGGGUGUUAUUAGCUUCCCUGCUGCUCCUACCGUAUCCCGCCACACCCCGCCCAGACACGCCUACGCCCACCUCGCCCCUGCGCGCCUACACACCAGGAAAGGAAGAAGACUGGGGAACACUGGUGGCGGUGACAGCGGUACGAGGGUCCACGGCUCGUCUGCCCUGUCACAUCACUUCACCCAACCCAGAGGAGCCUGUGCUGCUCGUCCUUUGGUACAAGAAUGCCUCCGUUACUCCUGUGUACAGCUAUGACUCCCGUGGGCUGGAAGGAAGGGGGAAUGGAGCAGGCCAUCCACAGCAGUGGGGGGACGAGCAGGUGUGGGGGUCGAAACAACGGGCCUUGUUUGACACCUCCCACUCCCCCGCCCAGCUGCUGGUGAGGGACGUGCGGGGGCGGGAUGAGGGAAGCUACAGGUGCAAGGUGCACUUUAAGGGGUCGCCCUCUUGGUCACAGAGGAUUACUCUCAGCGUCAAGGAUCCCCCGGGAUACCCUAGGAUCCAAGAUGAGUCCGGCCAGCGCCUAGAAGGUCCUAUCGGUCCCUACGAGGAUGGCACCACCGUCAGGAUGAUGUGCCUCAGUUCAGGAGAGCCGCCGCCGGGGCUGGUGUGGGGCGGCAGCGGGGCGGGGCGGGGCGGCGCGGUGCAGAGUGAUGGCUCCAUAUCCAGGACAAGACUCAGCAUAGUAGCCUCCCGAGACUCUGCCUACACCACUAUCACCUGCUCCACCACCAACGCCUCCUCCAUCGCCCCACUCCACACCGUGUCCACCAUCCUUAGAGUCAAUCUACCGCCACUGGAGGUGAAGCUGCAGGCACCAGGGGCGUGGGUCAGCGCAGGCCAGCAGAGUGUUUUCAAGUGCAAGGUAACGGGGUCUUCUCCGGAACCUGUCGUGCAGUGGUGGCUCGGGGGGCGUCAGCUUAUCCCCAGCACUCCGUCUGGGUUCGAGGGCGUGAACGUGAGUGUGAGCGAGGUGCGGCUGACACUGGAGCCCGGCGACCAUGGAGUGCCGUUGGUGUGCAAGGCGUUCAGCCCCGCCCUGCCCGGCACCGUCCUGCACGACCAGCUCUCCCUCGCAGUCCACUUUCUUCCCGUGGCCACCAGCACAGUGGAGGGCGGGGGCAUGCAGGCAGAGGUGAGGGAAGGAGGUUCCAUAACCUUCGUCUGUACUGUCAAGGCGAAUCCAGACGUGUACAACAUCACCUGGUACCAUAACGGUCGGCCACUGAGGGUGAGGGAAAGAGGCGUCCGUAUGGUGGACUCCAAGCUGCGACUGCUCAACGUGACGGCGGACAUGAGGGGACUGUAUACCUGCGUCGGAAGUAACCAGGAGGGGGAUGGCCAGAGUAAUGCCCUUAACCUUAACGUGAAAUUCGCCCCGGUGUGCGCGGCGGGGCAGCGGCGGGAGUACGUGGUAGGGCAGGGCGGGGCGGUGACGAUAGGGUGCAGCGUCCAGGCUUAUCCUACUACUCUCACCUUUACCUGGGCCAUCAGGAGCACUCCAGACGGUCCACCGGUGAGGCGUCACAGUAUAGGGCGAGAAGAAGGGCUCACGGGACACCAUACCCUGACUGGCUUGCCUGAGGGGCGCUCUGAGGUCCUGUGCUGGGCCAGGAACGCAGUUGGCACCCAGCAGACUCCGUGCAACUUCAUAGUGUACACACAAGGGCGACCGGGUCCUCUGAGUCGGUGUAAAGUUUCCAACCACACAGCCUCAGGCUUCAUGGUUGUUUGCGGCGCGGGACCACCACGAGGCAGCAUCAGCACCACCAGCACUAGAUAUACCCUGCUUGUGUACGCCCAGGAACCUUCUACUGCAGGCGGCGACGCAGGUGGCAGUGGCGAUGACGGUGGUGGUGCUGGAGGGACACAAAGAACAGAGGUAACACCGCUGAGAGUGGGCGGCAAGGACACGCACCCUCCCCUGGGACAACUGAUGCGGAACCUUACCAACCACAAACCGGCCUUCACCGUGACGGGGCUCCAGGCUGGGCAGGAGUUCUCUUUGGUGAUACAAGCGACCAACAGGGAGGGAAGCAGCCCGCCGACGGUUCUCAGUGCCUUCACGCUUCGAGACAACGCUCAGACCGUCAUAGGCGUGUCAUCAGGCGGGGAGGGACGCACCAAUAAGGGAGGAGGAGGAACAGGAAGCAGUGGCACCAGCGGCAGCAGUGGAGGGAGCAACGUUGCCUCCGUCCCCAGCAGCGGCAAUGCUGGUGGGGGUGGUGACGACGGCGUGGAUGUAGGAAGCGGCGUGGUGAGCGGAUGGGUGUUCGUGCCACCUAUGAUGCUGGUGCUGGCGGCGUCCCUCUCCUCCAUCCUCCUGCUCGCCCUCAUCAUCAUCAUCGUCAUCAAGAGGAGAGGAAGAAGGUCGCAGAGGGUGGAGCGACAGCUGGAGCAAGUUAAACUGAGCGGAGAAGCCCUGGUGCCGCCGCCGUCCCCCCAGGAGGCGCCCAGACGAACCCCGGGGUCGAGGAGAAAGCAACUGAGAGGCGAGGGGGUGAUGGACGAGGGAAGUUGUGCUGGGAGUGUAUGUGGCAGCGGCAGCAGAGAGACGGUGCUGGACGGCGGCGGGGAGGAAGGGGAGAUAGUGUGUGGCACGACGGUAGCUGCACAGGUGGAAGUGACAGAGGGAACCACGACAGCAGGAGGAGGAAUAGGUGAAGGAGAGAGUGAGGCUAGACUUGGAGCAGUGGUAACACCUGGGGGAUGUGGGGGCGCAGCAGCAGCAGCAGGAACAGCAGCAGGGGGAAUAAUGAUUGGUGGGAUGGGAUUGUUCGACAAUAGCGGAUCUUGUAACGGCGGUCUCCUCCCCUCUGUCUCCACCGCUUCGCCAAUGGACAUCAUGACGGGAUCGCUGCAGGAGGGAGUUGGCAUGGAGAACGCGCCCCUGCCUUUGUUGGGAGUGACUCGCUUAGGGAGAGGCGUCCCCAGGCAGCAACAGGUCCUCUACCAGGAGGUUCCCGUGCUGGGCGUGGGCGGCCUGGUGGGUGGAGGUCUUGACUCAGCAUCCAGUGCGGGUGUAGGCACCAUGAACCUUGGGGUCGGUGGGAUGCCCAGAAUGGUGGGCGUCAACAUGGGCGGCAUGAUGGGUGCUGGCGUAGGGAACCAGUGCAUGAGUGUAGGUCCCAUGGGAGGUGUGGGCGGCGUGGGUGCAGCAAGAGGUCUCGGUGCAGUGGGUAGGCUUGAGGCAGGCGGUGGCGGUGGCUACGUAUUAGUGAGGACUCCAGGCAUGCCCACGUCCUCCUCUUCUCCCACUCCCCCCACGCUUCGCUUCCCCACAUACUCCCUGCUGGGUUUGUGCGACAAAGCCUGGAAGACACAAGCUUGACGCACCCCAACGAAAGCAUGAGCUCCUUGUGAGGGUGUGUGACAUCACUUGCGCCGCAGCCACCACCACCUCACACCUCCACCUUCACCACACUCGCCAUCACCAACUCCGCCAACACCAUGACCAAAUACCAUUCCUAUUCAACUUGAAAGUCGAGUGUACCUUUUAUACUUCAACAACUGAAAAGUGUCUUUCGAAGUGAACUUCGUGACGUGAGACUCCCCUGAGCUGAGGGUCUCCAUGGAAGCGGUGGCUGAACCUUUCUGCUCCUCUUGGGCGCAAACAUUGGACCCCUGAGUGCUUCCUAUGAACUCCCGAACUAAUCGAAGUGGUGGAAGUGCUGAUUUGGGCUUGCGUCCCUUUCGGACCACACACCAAGCAAAUAAAAGUGGCUUAUCUCGAGUGGCUGAGGGCCAGUGAACGUGAGUUGGAUUUUUCAAGUGAAGUGAAAAAUUGGUUACAGAAAGCUCUUCCUUCAGUGACGGGCGAGUCUCGAAUCUUUACGUUUUCUUUUGUAUCCAUAUAGAGCAAAACAAAUCUGAUUUAAUACAAUCAAACACAUAACA